AUGUUCUGGGCCCUACAGACCACCGUGGUUCAGGCCUGGUUCGCCAGGCCGAGAAUUCCUGUGGUCAAACUCCUCGAGGUCCAGUCUCAGCCAGGGCCGAGAGUGGACAGUGGCCUAAGGAGCUUCACCCAACAACUGGUGAUUAUCAUCACAUCUGACCAGCUAACAGCCCGCGCGCGACGAGCGGCGCGCGCGCGCGCCGGGCGAGAGCGCGCGCGCGCGCGCUGCGCGCGCCGCGCGCAGCGCGCCAGCGCGCGAGCGCGAGCGCGCGCCAGCGCGAGCGCGCGAGCGGGCGCCGAGCGCGCGCGAGGCGCGCGCGAGCGCGCGCGACGGCGCGCGCGCGACGCGCGCGGCGCGGCGCGCUGCGAGGCGCGCGCGCGCGCGAGCGCCGCGAGCGCGCGCGCGAGGCGCGCGCGCGACGCCGCGAGCCGCGCGGGCGGCGCGAGCCGGCGCGCGCGAGCGCGCGCUGAGCGCGCGGCGCCGAGCGCGCGCGCGCGCGGGCGUGCCGCGGUAGCGCGCGCGAGCGCGCGCGAGCUGCGCGUAGCGCGGAGCGAGCGCGAGCGCCCGAGCGAGAGGCGGAGCGCUGCGAGCGCGCGAGCGCGCGCGCGCGCGCGAGCGCGGGCGCGCGCGCGAGCGAGCGCGAGCGCGCGAGCGAGCGAGCGCGCGCGAGCGCGCGAGCGCGCGCGAGCGCGCGAGCGCGCGAGCGCGCGCGAGCGCGCGAGCGCGCGCAGCGAGAGCGCGCGCGCGCGCGCGAGCGCGAGAGCGCGAGCGCGCGAGAGCGAGAGCGCGCGAGCCGCGCUAGCGCGCGGCGAGCGCGCGAGCGCGCGCGAGCGCGCGAGCGCGCGAGCGCGCGAGCGCGCGAGCGAGCGCGCGAGCGCGAGAGCGCGCGAGCGCGCGAGCGUCGAGCGAGAGAGCGAGCGCGCGAGCGCGCGCGAGCGCGCCGCGCGCGAGCGCGAGAGAGAGCAGCGAGCAGAGCGCGUAGAGAGCGCGAGCGCGCGACGAGAGCGCGAGCGCGAGCGCGAGCGCCAGAGCGAGCGCGCGCGCGCGCGCGCUCGCGAUCGCGCGCGAGAGCGCGCUCGCUAUCGAGCGAGAGCGCGAGAGCGCGACGAGAGCUAG